AUGUCCGCGACAGUGGACAACACCGAGGCUAACGCCUCCCCUCCGAAAGAGUUCACGCUUCGCUCGACAAUUGCGCUGAUUGGAGCCUUCAUGGCCCUCUUCUGCACCCUGGGGUUCCAGAAUGCCUUUGGGGUCUUCCAGGCAUUCUAUCAUGCCACCAUACUACGCGAUCAUUCCGAGUUCGAUAUCGCCUGGAUUGGCUCCCUAUUGACGUUCAUGAUAUUUUUCUUUGCAGCGCCUGCGGGCGUCCUGGUGGACCGGGUUGGUCCCACACCGCUGCUCACCUUCGGCGCCAUUGCAACUAUCCUGGCAACCUUCAUGAUCUCACUAUGUAAGGAGCUGUAUCAGUUCCUACUAGCCCAAGGUAUACUGCUAGGCAUCGGCAACGCCUUCCUGCUUUGUCCGGCCAUGGCUACCGUCACCCGUCUGUUUGAUCACCACCGCGGCGCCGCCAACGGAAUCAUGAUCGCCGGGUCCUCCAUCGGCGGUAUCAUCUGGCCCAUCAUGCUCGAUCAGCUGCUCAACAAGGACGGCGUCAGCUUUGGCUGGACCUUCCGCAUCGUCGGCUUCGUGGUGCUGCCCCUAUGUCUCUUCAUGGUCGCGACCAUCCGCCCGGCUCCCAAGACACUGCACGAUUCGGACAGGGAGGGGAUAGAGCUGUCGCACGGCGAGUCAGAGAGCGACCACAAGGCGCAAGGGGCAGAAGGGCCGGCGGCGAUUAUCAAGAACCCGACCUUCCUCAUCCUCUGUGCCGGUCUCUCGGUAGCCACCUUCGGCCUCUUCAGCCCUCUCUUCUUCAUCUCCACCUACGCCACCGACCAAGGUUUGUCCGUCAGCUUGGCCUUUUACCUCGUGUCCAUGCUCAACGGCGCCUCCAUGGUCGGGCGUGUCUCCACGGGCUUUCUGGCCGAUCGCUACGGGAACUUCAACCUGUGCUUCUUGACGAUUGCCUCCUCUGGGUUGAUUGCCAUGUGCUGGACCAAGGCCACGAACACCGUGGGCAUCAUCUUCUUUGCCCUAGCCUACGGAUACACGUCCGGGGUAAGUCCGUCUGAUCUAAAGAAGAACCCUCCGGGUCCUAACACCGCGGUUGCAGGCCAUGUUCAGUCUCCAAACCCCGUGUGCCGCCCAGCUCUCGACGCCCGAGUCGAGGGGGGCUGCCGUCGGCAUUCUCUUUGUCGCGCCAGCAAUUCCGUAAGUAUCGUCUUCUUCUCUCGAAUAGCUCGUUCUUGCCGACUAACUCACUCCUACAGCGGAUUGGUCGGCACCCCCAUCAGCGGGCGCCUGCUCAAGCACGGCUAUCUGGCCCUUUCGAUGUAUUCGGGGGCGGCGUUGUUAGCUGGGGCAGGGUUGGUGCUGAUCGCACGGCUGCGCCAAAACACAAAGCUAAUGGCAAAAGUGUAG